CCGGUACUGCUUGCGUCCAUUUUUCUUGACACGCGCAAUGGAGAAGGAGCCAUCUUGUUUGGGAGGCCGACGUGGCGGCCGGCUUGAGUUAAAUUUCUUCAUUCAAAAUGGAGGAGGGACAUGUGUGGUGCCUGUUAUUAAUUGUACUAAUAAUGAUGGCAUGGUCGACGUCUAACCACCCGUCGACAGAUUCUUAUUUAUCAGUGGCUGACAAAGCCAGAUUCAAGAAAGUUAUUGACCCUGGUUUUAAAUUAGAUGAUCUAUCGACAGCUUAUUAUGCUGUCAUAGGAUAUCAACUGAUUGAAGAACCCGUACCGAAGAGUGCUGAAAUCUGCAAGUUUGUGCAGGAUUCUGUAGGCGACGGCAGUGUUAUUACACCAGAAAAUGCAUUUUAUGCUGUUGGUAUUUGGAAAGCUUUAGGAAGUUGUAAAGCUCUACCAAAAACUGCAAUUGCUAAGGUAUUAACUGCAGCAAUUGAAAAGGAUACGUCGGCCAUUCCAGACUUGUAUUUUGCAGUAAAAGCUUUAACGUCAUUAUCUGAAAAAUUGUCAGAGUCAACUACAGGAAAAUUGACAAAAACGCUACAAGCUGCUUUGAAGAAAGAUGAUAGCCUUUUGAACCUUGGUUAUACUUUUAACAUAGCGUCAGACCUUGGUCUAGCUGGUUUAUUUGCGUUUGAACGCGUGGAAGAUGCCGUGGUCCAGGCAGAUGAAGUCGACGGCCGUUAUUUGCAGUUCGAGGGCGGUCUUUCUGUAACUAGUCUUUUGAUAAAUGGAAUCUUCAAGUUAUCAUCCUCUCUGAAGAAGACACCACCUGUAACAACAGGGCAGACCGUGAAACUGGCAAACUAUCUUCUGUCACGUCGUUCUGUCCAAACACCCAAGGGGGUUGUUAGCCUCUUAUCUUCCCUGACUACCUUGGCUAAUAACGAAUUCCAUCAUCCAAUUUGUAUCACCCUGGCUGAUGGUGGCAUCAUUGUUUCUGCACAACAGCCUCUGAUCAAGGUUAAGGUCUGCGAUAUUCUAGGAAGACCAUUGUCAAAAACUCCUACUGUAGCAGUGAAUACUGCGACUCGGAUUGGCGAUGAUGCUGUAGUGAUGAGCAAGAAGAAUUUCCAAGCUUCUUCGGAUAAAACAUUGUUUACCGUGAAUUUUAUGGAUAUCAAACCAGAGCGUGGUUUCUACAACAUAUCCGUUUCAGCAGAUUCUGUAUCUAAUAUAGUCACCGUUAAAGUACUGUCGGAAGUCAUCGUCGAUUACCUUGAAAUUGGAACUGGUGAUGCUGAUCAAACGACUCAACCAAAAUUGACAAAGGUUGUCUAUCCCAAUAAAUUGGGUCAAAAGAUUGAGGCUGACUCGCAACAAAAAUUGGUUGUAAGAUUCCUUCUGAAAGAUGCAGCUAACAAAAAGCCAAUUCGAGUUCACCAAGCUUUUGUGCGAAUUUCGUCAGUUUCUGAAUCAAAAUCUGAUAAACACGGACAUGAAAUUAUUUUCGUGGCUGAACCCGAUGCCUCUCACGUUUAUAAGUUUGACAUGCCUCUGGCGACAGCAGCCUCUACCUUUGGUUACCAAAGCGGUGAUUACAACUUGGAGUUGGUAGUAGGAGAUGCUGUAUUAAGCAAUUCCUUCCAGUGGACCGUAGCUGAAGUAAGCCUAAAAUUCCCAGAACUACCUGCACCGGAACCAUUCGUCCAAACAGGAAAGUCAGUUCCUUAUAAACAGAAGCCUCUGAUAUAUACACCGUUGCCAGAAAUUAAGCAUAUGUUCCGUGAACCAGAAAAAAGGCCUCCAGUAUUCGUGUCGAAUCUAUUCACUGGUCUAUGUCUGCUACCUGUUUUGAUACUGUUCAUUCUAUGGGCCAAACUAGGUGUGAAUAUUUCAAACUUCCCAUUCUCUCUCAGCGCCGUUACUUUCCAUCUUGGAUUAGGCAGCAUCUUUGUCCUUAUGGGAAUCUUCUGGCUGCAGCUGAAUAUGUUUGUGACCUUAAAAUAUCUUUUUGGUCUGAGCAUUGUGACCUUCCUAUCGGGCAACAAACUUCUCUCUUACAUAGCUCACAGGAACAAGGGACGCUAAUAUCAGCACGAUCAUUUCUAAUGUGUUCUAAAUCAUUUUGUCACCGUUAUUUCAAGCAAUUAUCUUAAAGGACGAGGCGCUCAGUGAAUAGCAACAGUUAACACAAGAAAGCGAACAGUAAUCCGAGCCUUCGCUCGUCCAGUUUGUAAAUAAAGAAGCGUGAUGAUAAUAUUGUUAAUAAUUAAAUAGUACUAUCAAAGUAUUUAAAAGAUCGUAUACUAUCAUAGGGAUAGUUUCUGUAUGUACGCUUGCGCUUUGCGCCCACGAGUACUAUUACGUUAUAAGAGAAUAUUACUUAAGCAAUUAAGUCGCGACACGGCUUGAUUAAAAUACCCAACGCUAAGUAGUAAUUGUCAGAGGUUAAAAUUAUAUCCACUAUCCUUAGAAUAGUCAUAAAAUAAUAGCAAGUAUCUAUCUAGCUUCUUUAUAGGCAAAAGUGACAAGGCGAGGGCAAAUGAAUAUGAUAAUUUCUCAUUCAUUAUCUAUGACUGUCUACCUUCUUGAUCACCACUGAUCAUAAUUUACAAUUUUUCUUAUUAAAUUCAUAAUUUCCCAGUAAUGAUAAAAAAAAACUAUAUAGGUUCGUUAUUUUGCAUUAAUUCGUCACAAGAUUAUUACACUUAUCAAGCACUUUAGAAUACUAUAUUUGUGAUAACUAUACUUUAAUUAUAUUGAAAAUAUUCUUAUUAUCAGUAUAGUUAUCGGCAAUAGCUCUCCAAGUAUAGCAGAAUGCAAGACAGCGGAUAAGUCCAAUAUGCGCUGUGAAUGAGAAUUACUACUACGAAACGUAUAGUAACUAAUUUAAGUCCACUCGACAAAGAGCGAGAAGGGUAUAAUAACUAAAAGGAUCCUAAAGAAUGAUGGAUCCAGUAAGCACUGCAAGUCCUAUGAUAAAUGCAUUUCUGGUAGUGUAGAAGGGGCGAAGAAAAGCUCGAUUCGUGUGGGUUACACAUUCCCGAGAUAACACACCGGAAACCCACCCGGAUUAAAUAAGUUAUUGAUAUAUAAAAGUAGCUUUAUGAUUUUCUACCUGUACAGACUUGAAAUAAAUAAUGGUACUACACUUUCA